AUGCGAUUUGUAACGGCCGUUCAAAAGGAACAACCGCAAGACGCGGACAGGCUAAUCCGCGAGUUAUUUCAACGAUUAUUUAUCCACAACGAAUGGAUCACUUCGGCCGAAGCGCUGGAAAAGAUCUGCAAGAAAUUGGGCCUCCCAACCAGCCUUAUUGAAGCUACAAACUCAGAGGUUGUGAAGAAAACGCUGAAGGACAACACCGACGAAGCUUUGGCCGAGGGAGUAAGGGUUUUAUUUUUUGUCAUUGUUAUGAUUUUGAUGACUUUUGAUUCAAACUUGGUUUAUUUUUAGGCAUUUGGGGUCCCCUACGUUUUGCUCAAAAAUCAAGGAGAAACUGAGCACUUCUUUGGUGUCGAAAGCUUGCCACAAUUAUGUCAUUCAUUGGGAGUCGAGUUCAAGGGACCUUUGAACGUGUAG